UAAUCUUCUCUUCCAAAUUAACAUCCGCUCCAGUUUUCUGGUUCAGGUUCAGGUUCAGCUUUCUCAUUCUUUCUGACAGAGCCGAAUUCAAAAUUGCACUCCAAUUUGUUUUGGGUUUUUCUGGUAAUUAUAGAAUUCGAAUUCCCAGAUAAAAUUAAAAAAAAAUUAUAAAAAUGAACGUAUUCAUAUCAUGGAAUUCGAGAGCCUCUGUGAUUUCAUUUUCACAACCAAGCUUCACCACGACGACCACUUCACACUUCCAAAGGCCUUCUCUCUCAUCGCCCCGCAAGUUUAUUUUACCAUUUUGGGCAUACCCAUUUCCUUAUUUUCCAAACAAGUCCCACCACAUACUCCAUGCCCGCAAAAACAGACGCUCAGAGCCUGACCACCACCAGCCACUUCUCAAACCAACCAUUAUCCAAGAAGUUUCAGAAGACGAUGAAGAAGACGACGUUUUUCUUGACGAAUACGAAGAUGAAGAAUCCUUGGAUGAUGUUGAUGGUUAUUUUGAAGACGAAUAUGUAGCAGACGAUGCUGAGCUCUAUGCUGGAGAUGGAGCUGGAGGGGGUGGAAUUUCUCUUGCUGGGACAUGGUGGGAUAAAAAAGCAUUGGAGAUUGCUGAAGAAGUUUCUCUUUCCUUCGACGGCGAAUUGAAAAUAUAUGCCUUUAAAACGUUGUCAAAUUCAACCAUCCAAGUGCGUAUCGAAACACUUUCUAACAAGUCUGGUUCCCCCAGCAUGGAAGAUAUUGAAGCCUUUUCUAGAACCUAUCGGGCACGGUUAGAUGAAGCAGAAGUUGCUAAAUCAGUACCUGAGAAUAUGACUUUGGAGGUGUCAUCUCCUGGUGUUGAAAGAGUAGUUCGUAUUCCGAAUGACCUAGAUCGGUUCAAAGAUAGGCCUAUGUAUGUGAAAUAUGUCAGCGAGAUAGAUGAAACCGGUUCACCUUCUGAAAAUGAUGGUGUUUUCAGGCUUCUUUCUUUUGAUAUGGAGACUGAGUGUUGCAUUUGGGGCUUAGCAGAUGUGAGGAAAAAUAGAGAAAAAGCAGGGAAAGGGAGACCAUUAAGCAAAAAGCAAAGGGAGUGGCGUUUGAGCACACCCUUUGAUUACUUGCGUUUAGUGCGCUUGUAUUCUGAAAUUUGACUAUUCCAUUUUGUAAUAUUUUUUUCACUGUUAAAACCUUAUGUCUAUACAUGAAGAUCAAUAUAUAGCAUACUAAAAUUUAAAGUUAAAAUUUAUGUAAAGGUUAUUUUUCUCAGUUUGCCACUAUAGGGAUAUAAUUGUAUUUUUGACAUUAUGAGUUUCAAUUUUCUUACUUAAUUGUGCGUUUUUAGUGUCAUUUCUUUUGGUA